UGGAGUACUGCAGUCAUAUUAUAGUCGGCUAUAUAAACAAGCUCCCUCUGACACAGUCGUAUAUCAGCCACAGGUGGUUAUCAGUCAGACGGAGUCAGACGGUACAGUCAAGAUGAAGUUGCUGCUUGUUGUUGCUGCUGUUUUGGCUGUAUCCAGCUGUGCCAGCAUCUCUCUGGAAGAUCUGGAGUUUCAUGCCUGGAAACUCAAGUUUGAAAAGUCAUAUGACUCUGAGUCAGAGGAGGUUCACCGGAAACAAAUCUGGCUCAACAACCGCAAACAUGUUUUAGUGCACAACAUUUUGGCAGACCAGGGUUUGAAGUCCUACCGACUUGGGAUGACCCACUUUGCUGACAUGGAAAAUGAAGAGUACAAACGACUGGUUUCCCGGGGCUGCCUUGGCUCCUUCAAUACUUCUCUGCAUCACCGCGGCUCUACCUUCCUUCGGCUACCUGAAGGUACUGAUCUACCUGACACUGUUGACUGGAGGGAUAAGGGAUAUGUCACCGAUGUCCAGAAUCAGAUGCAGUGUGGCUCCUGCUGGGCCUUCAGUGCAAUUGGUGCACUGGAGGGUCAGAACUUCAGGAAGACAGGAAAGCUGGUGUCUCUGAGUAAACAGCAGUUGGUCGACUGCUCUCAGAGCUUUGGCAACCAUGGCUGCGGUGGAGGCUGGAUGGACUGGGCCUUCAAGUACGUCCAAGCAACUGGAGGAAUUGACACUGAAGCAUCCUACCCUUAUGAGGCCAAG